AUGGAACGAACAAAAUGGCUCGACGGCCUCCGCGGCGUCGCCGCCGCCAUCGUCGCUUUCGACCACUAUUUUAUGAGCGAUGUCUGGCACCCCUUCGUGUCAUACUGGUCCGACCCACCAGAGAAUAAUCGGCACCUAGUUCAGCUACAGCCUAUUCGGAUUUUAUUUUCAGCUCACGGAAUGGUCACCCUCUUCAUGGUGAUUUCCGGGUACGCCAUCUCCAUCAGUCUCCUGAAAGCGCGGGAUACGCCUCAAUUUCUGGCGAGGGUGCAGUCAGCUGUCGUGAGACGCGCUUUUCGAAUAUACCUCCCUGUUCUCGUGACGGCGGGCCUGGCGCAGGUUCUUUACUUUUUGAACUUAUUUCAUUGGGAAUUCGACCAGGGUCUUGUGGAUGAUUUGCCAAAGCCUUUGUCCAGGCCAUUUGCGCAUCUUUCAUGGCUCCUCAAUUAUAUGGCGGAUAUUAUUAAUGUUGUCUCGUUUGAGUAUCGCGGUGGUAUUAAUGGGCAAUUGUGGACUAUGCCUGUGGAGUUUCGCGGGUCAAAUGUGGUUUACCUGCUCAUUGUUGGGCUUGGAGGUUGGCGGGCGAAGACGAGGUUGUUUGCCCUGCCGCUUUUGGCCUGUUUCUUUCUCUGGUAUGGGAACUGGGAUAUCUUCGGCUUCAUUUGGGGUCUUUGGUUAGCCGAGCGGGCGAACAGUGCCUCUUCAGCUUCCAGAGAGACGCUUAGCACCGGGUUUGAGAUGGCGGAGUACGAGAAUGGCACCAGCCCUCUUCUUUCCGGACCACGAACCUUGAGCUUCUGCGGCGGACGCAAAGCGAGGAGCUCGAAGUCUCGAAACUGCCUUAGCUUCUCACGCAUCGGCUCCUCCAUGGUUUUCGUCGUCGGCUACUACCUCCUCUGCAUCGGAAGCGACGGUCAUCUCGCACCCGAGUACAAAUUCCUUGCCAUCUUCAACUCGCCGCGCUGGAAGGAUGAAUGGCACAUCUACCACUGGUGCUGGAAGGUAACCGGGUCGGCCAUGCUAGUCUACGGCAUCGGCGAAUUCCCCUGCUUGCAGCGGCCGCUGAACUCGCGCAUUGUGCAAUACUUUGGGAAGAUCUCCUUCUCAUUGUACCUGCUCCACGAAACAAUUUAUCAACUGUUCCGCAAUCCACUGAGAGAUAUCAUUUAUCUUGCGCUUAGUGGGGAGAGAUAUGGGACUAGUGGACAGGCGUGGGGAGCUAAUCCGGUUGCUUUUCACGUUUGUUGGUGGACGACGGGCAUCUUUUUGGGAUGUUGGGUUGUUGUGGCAGCGCAUUUCUACACCACUUACGUCGAUAAUAGGUGUGUGGCUUUCGCGAAGAGGGUUGAUCGGUGGCUUUGUUCCUGA